CGUUUGCCCCUAGAAAAAAUUGGUAGAGUAAUGAAAGGGGGGAAAAAAAUAAUUAAUAUAGUCAAGCAUCGUGAUGAAAUUAGUCAAGUCGCUUUUACUUCUGGUAAUGAUGACAUAAUGGUAUUUACCAAGCAAGGCAAAAGCAAAAGUUUUGCCGAAGAAAAAACCCGUAUUGUUGGUCGAGCCGCUUAUGGUGAUACGGCUAUUAAAUUAGAAGAUAGCGGUCAAAAAACUCGUUGUCCUAAACAUAAAGCCCUGCUUGAACAGCACAAAACUGCUUCUUGUUGUGAUAAGAGUCAAUUAGGUGCUUCACUUCGUUGUCCGCGUGGCAAAGAGAUAAAUAAAGAAAUAAGAAAUUGUCCGGAUUGUAAUAAAAUAAAACCCGCUGCACCCGGCCAAAUAAAAGAUGAAAUGGUUAGUUUAUUGGUUGUGGAAAAACAAUUGCCAAAAAAUGAAUUUAAUUUGCUGGCAGUUCGCGAAGACAAAAGUGGAAUAAAAAAAUCUCUUUCUGUCGUUUUCAAUCUAGCCAAAAAGCGGGGAGGCAAAGGAAAAAAGAAAUUCAAAGUUGAAGAGCGAGAAGUUUCUAAAUAUUGUGAUAAGCACGAAAAUUCGAUUAGCAAGUUAAGAGAAA